AUGUCGCAGGGGCCGCGGGUUUCGAUGGUAGAACUUGGUCUUAAAUACAUGCAGGAAUGCAAUCGAAUCGAGCCCUGGGCUCGCAGAAUUGACGUCGAGCAUGAGCAACUCUCCGAUAAAAAAAAAGAGGCGAUCGACAAGGCCCUCGAGUUGAUUUAUGAAGCGGGCAGCUCAGUCCGUAUAGCAGCUCUCCAGGCCCCCGAUAAUGCUACCCUCACCGGCGGUCAAGCGAGGUUGGACGAGAUUGAAAAUCUUUUGAGAGCCGUGCUGCAGAGAAACGAUGUCUUGAACGCACAAGGGCGGAACUAA